GAGCAGCCUAAAAGCAGGACCACAACGGCAGGAGAGGUAUUGAAGACAAAUCAGAAAUCGGAAACAGGGUUCGUCCCUUCGCUCGUCUUCCUCCACGGAGCGGCAUAUCGGUGCGUCACCAGCUCCUCACGUCCCGGCUCACCAUCGGCGGCUACGGGGACGUGACAGUUGGUAUCAGAGGUAGUCGAUUCUCGACAUUUUCCUCGGUUUCGUCCUUGGUGCUCGCGACGAUGGCUGAGGCGGCACAACGGGAUGAAGCGCGCUGGGAGUUGGUUAUGAAGAAGCUGAGUUGUCUGGUCCAGAAGAUGGAGUCGUUGGUGGGGGGUCAGGCAGAUCUAGCAGCAGCGGUGGCGCAGCAAGCGGCGGAGGAUCUGCCCGUUCUGCCUCAGUUCGUUCGAUCUGCGGGCAAUACCACGACGCCAGUCUUUGACGAGGGACCUGUCUUCGACGACGAGCUGCCCAUCGACUUCGGUUCCCAGGGGAAGACCGCGUCCAUGGCGGCAGCAAGCGCCAUGGAGGUCCCCGGAUCCACCCCGACGCCCUCCGUCCCCUUCUACGACAGCGUCGACAUCUUCCACCUCAAUAGUGAACCCGUCUACGACGUCUACGAUGACGACGAGGAUGGCGAUUCGUCGCAGCAGGCCGUGGUGCUCGCUGCGGACAAGAACUACUACCCCACCGCUGAAGAGAUGUACGGGCCGGGCAUGGAGGCGCUUGUCAUGGACGAGGUCGAGCAACCGCUGGAGCAGCCCAUCGUCGCAGACGCGCUUGCGCUGCUCGAGGAGAUGCGAGGCAAGGGGUACCAUGCUGACGUGAUGAGGGCCUUGUGCAAGCUGCGCGAUGCAGACAGGACGGUCCAGGUGCUCGGGGAGAUGAUGGAGGUCGGCUUCAGGCCAUGGGUCUUGACAUUGACAUACAACUUUGUGGUGGCUGUGCUCGUGAAGGCAGGAAGGAUGGAGGAGGCACUAAAGGUGAAGGAUCAGAUGUUGUUGGUUGCUGGAAAGAAGAUGGAUGUGGUUCUCGCGACAACAUUGAUGCAUGGGUAUUGCUUGCUCGGUGAAGUUGGGAAAGCGUUGGAUUUAUUUAACGAGGCUGUCAGGGAUGGUGUGACAGCAACCAAUGUGACAUAUGCGGUUCUGAUAAAAGGUUGUGAUGCAGAGGGGAUGACAGAUAAGGCAUAUGAGCUAUGUCGUCAGAUGAUAGAGCAGGGAUUGCUGUCAAGCACACAUGGGUUCAAUUUGGUGAUAACAGGUCUGUUAAGAGACAAGCGGUGGGAGGAUGCCAUCAGCUUGCUUGAGGUUAUGGUUGAUAUACCUUCUGCCGGUACUGCGGCUAAGUGUGAAGAGCUUGAUAUCAUGACAGAAUGUGUUGCUCAAUGCAAUCUUGUCACUGCUGUGUCCUCUGAUUUUCAUCCUGAAUUCAUCUGUCUGUUUGUCAAAAAAUUUGGUGGCUCUGUGGCAGUAUCAAGCAAGAGAGUAUUGUUUCUCAGUUGGGGCUACAUGGAGGAGUAUGAGGUUCUGAUUCCAUUUCAGUUCCUUCAGGUUCGUGAGAGCCAAGUAAAUGAUGUUUGCCAGGACAUGGGUGUGGGAGAUAAGUGCUUGGCUGCCAUUCAUGACUUUGGCGAUGUUCAGGGUGUAGAUGAAGCAAAGGAGGAGCUUGUUGAGAUAGUGAGCUGUCUGCAUGGUUCACUGAACUCCAAGAAGCUUGGAGCAAAAUUGCCCUGGGGUGUCCUGCUUGUUGGCCCUCCAGGAACUGGAAACACUCUUCUAGCAUGGGCAGUUGCAGGAGAGGCUGGAAUUCCAUUUUUCUAUGUUUCUGCUAGUGAGUUUGUUGAAGCUUUUGUUGGAAGAGGUCUUGCCCGUGUCAGGGAAUUGUUCAAGGAAGCCAAAGAAGCUGCUCCAUCCAUCAUUUUUAUUGAUGAACUUGAUGUUAUGGGUGGAAAUAGAGGUAGAAGUUCUAACGAUGUGAGGGACCAAACUCUAAACCAGCUAAUUGCAGAAAUGGAUGGUUUUGACUCGGACAUGAAAGUUAUUGUCAUGGCUGCUACUAACAGGCCAAAAGCACUGGAUGUUGCUCUUUGUCGGCCUGGUCACUUCUCCAAAAAGGUGCAGUCUUGGAGACUUGGUCCUUUUACUCUAGGAGUAAGUGGUCUGCAACUUGGGCCAUACAUGAGGAGACAAUGGGAUCCUGGUAUUACAAAUGGGCAAUUGGUGAUGAGCUGCGAGGAGCUAGCUUUGCAGAUCGCAGUGUUGCUUGGGGACAAGCAACAUUUCGUCGGGGCGAUAAUGUAACACCCGACACUGGCUCACCACGUGAUGGGCCUCGAUGUCGCAUGGCCCAACUCGGAGCAGCCUAAAGGCAGGACCACAACGGCAGGAGAGGUAUUGAAGACAAAUCAGAAAUCGGAAACAGGGUUCGUCCCUUCGCUCGUCUUCCUCCACGGAGCGGCAUAUCGGUGCGUCACCAGCUCCUCACGUCCCGGCUCACCAUCGGCGGCUACGGGGACGUGACACAAAUUUAGAUGUUGGAGAAGUUUUACUCUGAUGUACAGUAUCCAAAGCUAGAGGAAAUGGGAGAGUACACAACCUGUGUUGGUUUGACUUACAGUCAGGGCUGCAUAUGGUUCAAAGAGCGGAGGAGAAAAGAGAGGAGGGAGAUGGGAGCCAUUGGUCCUUAGAUGGAAAGGCAAUUUAGUGCACUGUAGGGGAUGAAAGUAAAGUUAUAUCACAAGUUCUGUUCCCCAAGAAUUAUAUCCUGAGCAAAAUUUUCCGCAAGGAUGUUCCACCUCUGAUAGUGAAUUUGACCCCCUCCCCCAAAAUGCACAUGGUUGUAACAGAGACACUACAUGACAUCAUUCCUAGAACCAAAGAACUAUGAAGAAGAGAAAGGAUAUGCUAUUCCUUAUUCAGAAUGAUUUUUUUGGUUUCUUUGCAUUACCAUACCCGUGUUUGCAAGUAUUUUUGGUCAUCACAAAUGCAAGUUCUUACCAGUGAAAGAUCACUGAGUCUACUAGCCAGAGAUCUGAAGUGUAUGUGGAUACAGAUCAAUGUGAGCUGCAAUUUUGUGAACGUGUAAAGCUGGGUUAGUUUCUAGUCUCAUGCACACGUGACACAUCACUCAUUCACUCAUGUGGAUCGUGGGUCAACGACUCAGCGUAUACCCAUACCCAAAACUCUGUAACGAAAUUGCUGGUGGGCAGCAACAGGAACAGCCGAACAGGACCACGUCAAUGGAAGUGGGAGCAGCCGCCGCCGGCAAGCUGAAUGCGGAGCUGUUUCAGUGGUUGGCGUUCGGCCGCGUGAUCCCGUUCAGGGCAUGUUCGGUUUGAAGGGGUUUGAGGGGGAUUGGAGGGGAUUAAAUCCCCUCCUAUUUAAAUUUGUAUAGAAGGGGAUUUAAUCCCCUCCAAUCCCCCUCAAUCCACCCCUAACCGAACAAGCCCUCAUGGAGUUUGCCAAGCGCCUGGCGGCGAGGUGGCCGCGCCGUCACCUUCCUCUCCAUGCAGAGGAACGUAGCCAGACUCCCGCCCGUCAUGGAGGGCCUGCCUGCCCGAGGGCGCCAAGUUCACGGCCGACGUGCCGUCGGAGAAGCACUGUUAGCAACAAUACAAGAAAGACGUCAGAAGCUCACCAGCACUGAAGAUGGAGCACUGAAGAUGGAAAAGCUGACCAACAAUACUGACGGUGUCACACCAACGAAGCGGUAGAGGCGAGGCAACACAUGAGUAUUUGGGCCCGAAUGGGUCGUGUAUUUGGUCGGACUGGUCGGUAGUUUAUAAGCUCUCUCUAGUAUUGUAAGAAGGUAUCGAAGAAUUAAUGAACAGACAAAGACGCUGGUUCUCAGCCUCGUCUUCCUCCC